AUGGUGUACAUCAACAUAGACCCGGCACGCAUCAUUGAUGUUGUCGAUCCUCGAAUUUAUUCUGGCUUCACAGAACAUAUGGGCCGAUGCAUCUACGGAGGUUUGUACGACCCAGACAAUCAGCAUGGCCUGUCGGAUCCACAAACUGGAUUUCGUUUGGACGUGCUUGAUACACUCAAGGAAUUGAAGAUUCCUAUUGUCAGAUAUCCUGGAGGUAAUUUCGUGAGCAGUUAUCGGUGGCAAGACGGCAUUGGUCCUAGAGAGAACCGACCGCGUCGACCCGAGCUCGCCUGGCUCAGCGAAGAAAGCAAUCAAUUCGGAACAGACGAAUUCAUCGAAUGGUGUCGCACUCUCGGAACUGAACCAUACAUAUGCCUCAAUAUGGGCACAGGGACAUUGGAAGAGGCACUCGGGUGGCUGGAGUACUGCAACGGCUCUGGGAACACUUACUACGCCAAUCUCAGGCGAAAGAACGGACACGAUGUGCCAUACGGUGUGAAAUACUGGUCCCUUGGAAAUGAAGUCUGGGGACCGUGGCAGGUUGGGCAAAUGGAGGCUCAAGAUUACGCGAAGAAAGCUUUCCAAUGGGCCAAGGCCUUACGCCUUCUGGACCCCUCGAUCAAGCUUAUCUCGUGCGGUGAAACUGGUUACGCGGACUGGGAUCGUGUAAUUCUACGCAAGCUUGCACCAGUGGUCGACUAUCACUCUAUUCACAAUUAUACCGUUAGCCAGGGAAAGCAUGUAGUGAAUGCCAUGGGUCCUGCUGCUGCCGAAAAGGGCAUCGAAAUCACUCGAUCCCUGAUUGAUCUAGCGAAGGUCGAGGGAGCGCUGGACAAGAGCAUCACUAUCUGUUAUGACGAAUGGAAUGUAUGGGAUCCUGUGCGAGCACCUGGUGAAAAGGGAGCUGAGGAACACUAUGACUUGUCCGACGCAAUUGCGGUGGCAUCAUGGUUGAACGUUUUCGUACGAAAAGCAGACAUAGUCAAAAUUGCCUGCAUUGCACAAUCUGUGAAUGUCAUCUCCCCCAUCAUAACCUCGCCUACGGGGCUAUAUAAGCAGACGACCUACUACCCGCUCCAUCUGUUCACAAACUUGAUGCGCGGAGCGUCUCUCGACGUCUACGUCGGUGCUGGAGCGGCUGAUCCUCAAAGUUUAUCGUACGACGGGCCUACGUUCCCGCCGUUUAUUCAACAUCUUACUUCUCACACACCCGAGUCUAUGAAGCUCACCAAGUUCAUUGACGUUAGCGCCGUGCUCGUGACGCCCACCGAUGAACCAGGCUUGAAAUCAACCGAAGUCAGAGUCGCUAUUGUCAACCGUCACGACGUCGACGACUACGAAGUUCCCAUUCGCUUCGGACCCAACACGAGCGUUGAUUCUUCCUUCACGGUUCAUGAACUUUGGAGCGAUAGUCUCAAGGAUUCGAAUUCAUUCGAGGAGGAAAAGGUAAAGACAGUGAGAAAAGAGGUCAAUUUUGGCGAGACCUUCAUUGUGAAGAAGCAUUCUUUCCAAGGUACGCAAAGUUCCGCGACAUCGGGAGAGCACGUACUGAUCGAGACCCUAGUGUUGGUCUUUCGGUUGAAGUAG